UGGGCUCCAUAAUUGCUUUCUUCCUUCCUUGGGAGGCUACAAAUAGGGAUGUCCCAUCUCUAGGAUGCUGCAGCUGAAACGCCAGCACCAGUGUGAGGAUGGCCAGGCCUCUGGAGCAGGCGGUGGCUGCCAUCGUGUGCACCUUCCGGGAGUAUGCGGGGCGCUGCGGGGACAAGCACAAGCUCUGCCAGGCAGAGCUCAAGGAGCUGCUACAGAAGGAGCUGCCCACUUGGACCCCGACGGAGUUCCGGGAGUGUGACUACAAUAAAUUCAUGAGUGUUCUGGACACCAACAAGGACUGUGAGGUGGACUUUGUGGAAUACGUGCGCUCGCUCGCCUGCCUCUGCACCUACUGCCACGACUACUUCAAGGACGGUCCCCCAGAGCCCCCCUGCCCCCAGUAGCCUCUGCUCCAGUGGACAGGGCCGGCCAGAGGACGGGGGCUGCUGGGGCCUGCUCCAUCUCUGCGCUGAGCUGGUCCUGGGCAUGUCACUCACACUCCACCCCACUCCCGUACUCUCUCCAUCUGGAAUCUCUCAGCUUUGCCCCUGAUAUGUUAACCCAUUUUACCCACGAGGCCGGGGUAUGUGAGGGGACCUCCCCAGGAUCACAGCUAGUGAUGGGGAGAGCAGCCAGCCGCUGCCUUCCUAUGGUGAUGGGUUUGAGGCUGUUGAGGCCCAGCAGAGUGUGUGCAUGAAUGAGACCAUGAUGGGAAAGGGCCUGUUUAACUCCUAAUAAAGAACUGGUGUCACUUG